AUGAUCGGCAGCAGGGAGGGGAGGCACCGGAAGUGCGCGUCACGUGGGGCAGGCCAGUGCCAGGCCCCUGGUGCCCGCAGCUUCAUGGCUCUUCUCCUGCUUGGCAUCGGCUGUGCCACGCUGCUGGCCGUGGCGCUGCUGCUGGCUGCUCACCGCCUGGGGCUCCUCUACCAACUCUGCCACACGGUGGAUCCUGGCAGCAGCAGGCACGGCGGGGAGCUGGUGGCAGAGGUGCUGAAGGCUCAUGGCGUUCGCUUCCUCUUCACCCUGACUGGAGGUCACAUCUCCCCCAUCCUGGUGGCCAGUGAGAAGGUUGGCAUCAGGGUGGUGGACACCAGGCACGAGGCCACCGCCGUCUUCGCCGCUGACGCCAUCUCCAGGCUCUCAGGUGGCAUCGGCGUGGCAGCCGUCACGGCCGGGCCCGGGGUCACCAACACGGUGACCGCCGUCAAGAACGCGCAGCUGGCCGAGUCCCCUCUGCUGCUGCUAGGGGGCGCUGCAGCCACGCUGCAAAAGGGCCGUGGAGCUCUGCAGGACAUCCCUCAGCUCCCCCUCUUCAGGACCAUCUCCAAAGCCACCUUCUCAGUCCAGGCUGUCCGCGACAUUGUCCCCACCCUGCGCCAGGCCAUCGCCACCGCCCAGUCUGGGACCCCCGGCCCUGUCUUCGUGGAGCUCCCAAUCGAUGUCCUCUACCCCUUCCACGUGGUGCAGAAGGAGAUCGCUGGCAGCAAGGCCCCCAGGGGGCUGCGAGGGAAGGUGGUGCAGUGGUACCUCCAGAACUACCUGAGGAACCUCUUUGCUGGGGCUUGGGACCCCCGGGAUAUGUCCCCCCUGCCGGUGAAGGUGCCGCUGGCCACUGACCAGGAGGUGCAGCGCUGUGCGGAGCUGCUGAGCAGAGCCAGGAGGCCUCUGGUGCUGGUGGGCAGCCAGGCCCUGCUGCCACCAACCCCUGCCCAGGAGCUGCGGGCAGCACUGGAGUCCCUGGGUGUCCCCUGCUACCUGGGGGGCAUGGCCCGGGGGUUGCUGCCCCCUGAGAGCCCAAUCCUGCUGCGGCAGCAGCGGCGCCAGGCCCUGGCUGAGGCUGACCUGGUCCUGCUGGCAGGUGCCGUCUGUGAUUUCCGUCUGUCCUACGGUCGCCUCUUCGCCCGCGGCGCCGCCGUGGUGGCCGUGAACCGGAACCGGGAGCGGCUGCUGCUCAACGCCGGCGUCUUCUGGAGCCCACGGCUGGCCGUGCAGGGGGACGCCGCGGACCUGGUGGUGAGGCUGGGACGGAGCCUGCGGGGCCUGAGCUGCCCCCGGGAAUGGCUCCAGAGGCUGCGCGACAGGGACGAGGACUGCGAGAGGAGGAACAGGCUGAAGGCCUCCAGCCCUGCUGGCUGCCAGCUGAACCCCCUGGAGCUGCUCCAGCAGCUGGAGCUGCUGCUGCCCCCCCAGGCUCUGCUGGUGGCUGACGGAGGAGACUUCGUGGGCACCGCUGCCUACAUCCUGCGCCCGCGCCAGCCCCUGGCAUGGCUGGACCCUGGACCCUUUGGAACCCUGGGAGUCGGUGGAGGCUUCGCACUGGGGGCAAAGCUCUGCAGGCCAGAGGCUGAGGUCUGGCUGCUGUUUGGGGAUGGUUCCCUUGGCUUCAGCCUCGCUGAGUUCGAUUCCUUUGUGCGCCACAAGGUGCCUGUGAUCGCCCUGGUGGGCAACGAUGGCUGCUGGAGCCAGAUCGCCCGCGGGCAGGUGGCACUGCUGGGCAGCAACGUGGCCUGUGGCCUGGCACAGCUGGACUACCACCUGGUGGCAGAGGCCUUGGGUGCCAGGGGCCUGCUGCUGAGCCUGCAGGAGGGGCAGGAGGUUGGCAGUGCCCUGCAGGCUGCCAGAGCCCUCUGCCACCAGGGCCACCCAGUGCUGCUCAACGCCCUGGUGGGCAGGACAGACUUCAGGGACGGCUCCAUCGCCGUCUGAGGCCACCAGGGGGCACCA